AUGAAAGAGACGGCAAUUAGCCUUUUAUUAGGUCUACUGACUUUGUUCCUCCUUGAGGUGGUCUCAGCCAAUGAGCUAUAUCUUCCCUUUCAUCUCCCAAUCAAUGAAACCAUUGGCCUUGAAGUAUUUCAAGGUAUUAAUAAUGCAUCAGCUCCACUUCCAUACCCCCAAUGUGGAUUGAAAAAGGGUGGUGGGAAAUGUAUUAAAACAGGAGAGUGUUGUAGUAUAUGGGGUUGGUGUGGAACCACAAACCAGUAUUGUUCUCCUGGAUAUUGUCAGAAACAAUGUCCAGGUCCAUACCCAGAGGGACGAUGCGGAUGGCAAGCUAAUGGUAAAUCAUGUCCUACUGGUACUGGACAGUGUUGUAGUAACGCUGGUUGGUGUGGGACCACAUCAGAUUAUUGUGCUCCUAACAACUGUCAAAGCCAAUGUAAACUACCUCCACCUCCACCCUCACCUCCAUCCCCACCCCCACCGUCACCCUCACCCCCUCCUCCACCUCCAUCCCCACCCCCACCCUCACCUCCACCUCCACUUCCAUCCCCACCCCCACCCUCACCUCCACCUCCACCUCCACCUUCACCCUCACCUCCUCCUCCACCUCCAUCCCCACCCCCACCUCCACCCCCACUUCCAUACCCCCAAUGUGGAAUGAAAAAGGGUGGCGGGAAAUGUAUUAAAACAGGAGAGUGUUGUAGUAUAUGGGGUUGGUGUGGAACCACAUCAAAGUAUUGUUCUCCUGGAUAUUGUCAGAUGCAAUGUCCAGAUCCAUACCCAGAGGGACGAUGCGGAUGGCAAGCUAAUGGUAAAUCAUGUCCUACUGGUACUGGACAGUGUUGUAGUAACGCUGGUUGGUGUGGGACCACAUCAGCUUAUUGCGCUCCUGUAAACUGUCAAGCCCAAUGCAACACUACUACUCUAACCUCACCCAUCAAGAAUCGUAUGAGAGGUAUUGAGAGUUUCAUGCUCAACGUUGUCUAGAUGCUACUUCCAAAAUACUAUCUACAGGAUGUACUUUUACUCCUCUUUUGGAACUGCAUGCUGAAAUUAUUCCAAUAUUAAUGCCUGUAAUUAAUGCAUAUAAAAUGCAUUAAGUAAUAAUAUAAUAAUAAAUAAAGAUCUUUUGUCUACAA